GACGCAUGUGAAAAUUGACAGCAAGCUUGUCGAAUCAGAUUCAUUGUAAUAUUGCUCACUCUCGUCAAUAAUAUUCCAAUUCCCGGCUCUCAUCAGCUGCCGCGCCAAGACUCUUAUUUAACCGCCGACCGGGGGGGAACGAGGUGUACCACCGGGAAGAUUACACCAACAGUGUCGCGCCGGUGUUCUCGGUGCAACUGCAUCUAACGGACAUUACAAUCUCGUCUACGUAAUGGAAGUGGACGGGUUUGUCUCUCCGCAUUCGACCCUAGAAUCACCGGCCGUCGAAAGGCGGGUCACAGGCACCCGGUUUGGGACUCUUGGCAGCAGCGUCUUGGAUGCAACGGGGGGGCUCGUCGGGUCCUUUUCGUCGAGAAUGACCGGGGAGCCGCACUUUGUCUCGGGGUUGCACCGAACAACUCCCGAGCCCUCGGCCUCUGCUGAGCCAGAAAUAGACUAUGAAGGACUGCCUCAAGGAGCAGCCAGCAGCACACACAUGCUGGCUGGAGCUGUGGCUGGAAUCAUGGAGCACUGCCUCAUGUACCCCAUCGACUGCGUCAAGACUCGCAUGCAGAGCCUGCAUCCUGAGCCAGGGGCGCGCUACCGCAACGUGAUGGAUGCACUGCAGCAGAUUGUCCGGACAGAGGGGGUGUGGCGGCCCAUCAGGGGGGUCAAUGUACUGGCAGUGGGGGCUGGACCUGCACAUGCUCUUUACUUUGCUUGCUAUGAGAAAAUAAAGUUUUCACUCAGUGAUGCAAUUAAACCUGGCACAAACAGCCACUUUGCAAACGGAGUAGCAGGCUGUGCAGCUACUGUCCUACAUGAUACCAUCAUGAACCCAGCUGAAGUUGUGAAGCAGCGGAUGCAGAUGUUCAACUCCCCCUACCGUGGAGCCUUGGACUGCAUGGGCUCUUUGCUGAGACAGGAGGGACCAGCUGCCUUCUACCGCAGCUACACCACCCAGCUGAGCAUGAACGUGCCGUUCCAGGCGCUGCACUUCAUGACCUACGAGUACCUCCAGGAGCUCCUGAACCCUCACAGACAGUACAAUCCAUCUUCCCACGUUGUGUCAGGUGCUCUCGCCGGAGCCUUGGCAGCCGCUGUCACCACUCCCCUCGAUGUCUGCAAGACCCUCCUCAACACACAGGAGGGUCAGGCCGUCCAUGUGAUCCAGGGAGGAGCAGCAGCAGCUGCUGCCUCAGGCCCAGAGAGCCGCUACAUCUCCGGGCUGGGCGAGGCUUUCCGGACUGUGUACAGGAUGGGAGGCAUGCCGGCGUUUUUUAAAGGUGUCCAGGCCAGAGUCAUCUACCAGAUGCCUUCCACCGCCAUCAGCUGGUCUGUGUAUGAGUUCUUCAAGUACGUCAUCACAGAGCAGCAGCACAAAAAGAGGCUGCGUGGUGAUCGGGAUGGAGACAAAUGAAUAACAGCUAUUGUACAAUGCUGAUCCCUGCCGUUGGUAAUAAAUACUGAACAUCACAUUAUGUUCAAAAAUAAGGCAAGUAAGGUCUCGGUGCAAAAAGGCAAAUUUAUUUUGUUUACUGAAAUAUGUGUAACCUAGUUCAUGAGAGUCCAGGAACACCAACUUGACCUUUAUGGGUUCUGAGGUUGACCUGGAAAUAGCAUAAAGUUAUGACUCCAGCUAGGUUUUAUUCUAGUGUUCAGCUUGACAAACAUUUUUAACUGGCUGUUAAAAAAAAAAAAUCUUGCAUAGAAUGAAUAAGGUGCUGCUAUUUUUCUGAACCACUACACUAAACAGAAAUGACCUUUAUGCUGUUCUCUAUGAAAACACUGUGCCCUAUCACAGGAAGGGUAGGGGAGAGUACAGUGUUUGGGCCCAGACUCUGAUGCUUCUCCCUCUGUACCUCCAUGUGUUCACAGAAUUCCCAGUGAUGGGAGUGUUCCCACAUUUUGUUUGUCCCUUUUUUUGCACAUUGUUGGAAUGUUAUUAGUCUGUGACGCACAGUCAAGCUCAGAGCUAGAAAAAAGAGAGGCUGGUUUAAAAUGAAAAAUGAAGAACAUUAAAUGACAUCAGUAUGUGGGGCCAACAGAGAGACGGAUGAUUAAUGAACAAACAAUAGGCAUGGGCCAGUGUCUUAUUCUCACACAUUGUGGUAUUUACACAAAAAUUAAAACAUGGUCUAAAUGCUUUUAUUUUAAGGGGACCUAUCAUGCUUUUAAAUCCUUCCUUUUCACAUUUAAAUCAUUCAGUUGUGGUCUAUAUAAAGUGAAGCUGCAAGGCUUUGGUCUGAACUCCUUGUUAUUGUAGCUCCACAGGUUCCUCUUCUACCUCUGAGAUGCAUCUGAGGCCAAAACUCGUUUUGGUGCUGUCUCUUUAAAUGCUGUUGAGGCACUUCACACCCCGCCCCCCUCCAGGUCAAAGGUGUUCCACUUUAAUCUUUUCGGCCAUUUUUGUAGCUUGAUAACUGAUACAAUACUCUAGCUUCGCCUAAACUUUUUAUUCCCAGAUUUGACCCAGAUCGAGAGGAGAAAACACGAUGCUACUGCUGGCAAAACAAUGGCCUUAUAAGAAAUAAAUUCAUGUCUAAAAUAAAGUUUGUUUUCAUUUUAGCGUUAUUUGCAGCUCACCGCUUUGCUGUCUCCAUCGUUUCAAAGACGAGGGAACUGACUCCUUAAUCAGAUGAAGUCUUUCAGCAAAUCCUUCUUAAAAGUGGUGGAAGUUGCUGAAGGCGCUCGUGCAAACAUAGAGGAAUUUCCCCACUGAUGUGGGAACAUUUCCUUGAAAAAUCAAAUUCAACCAGGCAUUUCAUAGAGGUUCUGAUGCUGGAGGACGGUGUAAUGAAAUGUGUGGGUUAAUACACCCAACAACUGAACAUUUAGACUUAUCCACUUGCAGCUUUGUCAUACUUAAGCUUGGACUACAAAAUCACAGCGAGAAAUAAAAAUGGCGAAAUUGGUUUGCCGGAAGUCAAAUGACCUUGUUCAGCAGUUCUGGAGCAAAUGCUGUGGCGUAAAAGUUAAUAAAAUGUAAUAAAGAAUAGAGAAAACUGAACGGACAGAAAAAUAUGACCCUUAUAAAAUACAAAGACCUGGAGACUAAAUUCAACUUUUCUGUUCUACAGACUCCAAGUACACAACUAAAUGCAUGUAAGGGCUAAAAAGUGGAUUUUACAUGAUAUGUCCCCUUUAAAUCGGAACAACUACUUCUGGUCCUGAUUAAAUAAGAGAUUGAUGAUAAUUUUAUCAAUAUAUUUCUUAAUUUGAUUAAUAGGCUUGAGCAAAAAUGAGCUUAUUGCACAGAAUGAUUGUUUUUGCUGUGUUUCUCUUUAGAUAUUAACACAGGGAGUCCAAGCUCCUAUUAGCUGGUUCAUUACUCAACCCAUCAGCUGGAAUAUCUUACCAGACUUCCCAGCUGUUGUUAAACAGUUCUGCCAUAAUGGGAAUAACAGAUUUUGUUCUUUUAGUUCCACACCAGGACUCUGUGUUUUUCACAACAGUAAAUAUUUCUAAACAGCUGAAUUUUUCCUUCCUUCAAGUGAGAAAAAAGGAGUGAGAGCCUUUUUUCAGCCGGCCCACCAGCAGUGUGCAGCAGCUGUUAGUGUGAGGGGCAGCUCUGUGCUCCUUACAACCACUUUAGGAUUUUCCCUGGUAUCUCAUUAAAUGGGCUUUAAAGCCCAGGAAGGGGUGGAACCAUUUUUUUAGCAGGUUUGAAAGCGUAAAUUCAUUCAGACUUCAGUUCACCUCGUUGCAUUUACCGGCCCAUGCCCAGCUGACUUUCUGACUGGUUUGCCUUCUGUCAUUAGGAUCCGAUCCUUCAGGUCACAUCUUCAAGUGAAUCUUAAACACUUUAUUUAUAUAUCAGACAAAAAGAAGCUAAUGAGUCUUUAUUUUUGUCAGUAUUUUGUAAUACAGUAGCACUUAAAGUAAAUAGUUUAUCUGAUUAAGUACAGAAGCUCUGUAAAUAAAACUGCUCCCAGGAUGGGGUAAUUACUCCUUUACAUGCCUUCAGUUCGCCGCCAUGCAGCCAACGCACAACUCCACAUAUCCUCCCGGAUGUGUUCUUGCUUUAAAUCCACAAACUGGAGGCAAGAUGUAGAAAUGUAGCUGAAGUGUUUUGAAAUCUCCACAAACCAUUAUUUUUGAAAGAAAGAAAAAACUAAAUUUGUACAAGUUCUAUAUAGGCUGUGCUGUAGAUACGCAGAACUUUGCACCUUGAAAGAAAGUCUGAAAUAUUAAACCCUGUAUGUGUGGGAAGGUUUUCCCUUAAGCAAAGCAGAGUUCCAAAAGUUGGAAAGCCAAAGACUGAGAGCUGAUAAAGGGCAGGCAGUUUGUUACUGAACACACUUAAUAUGAAAUGCUUGAACAGUGUUUGAAAGCGACACCUGUUUUUUGUGAAUUGUAAAUAAACUCGCUAUGGCAGCUCCUCGCAGAAGCAGGGUCUUCUCUUGGUGCUGGCUCGCCAAGCGCUGAGAGACUA